AAUAAAAAAACAUUUGGUUUUAAUCAAUUUAGAGAGAAUCAAAGAGAGAUUAUCAACUCUGUUUUGGAUAGUAAAGAUACAUUUGUACUUAUGCCAACUGGUGGUGGUAAAAGUCUCUGUUAUCAAAUCCCAGGUCUUUAUCAACAAGGUGUUACUAUUGUAGUUUCUCCAUUAAUUUCGCUGAUUGAAGAUCAGGUAAAAUUUCUUUUGGCUUUAGAUUAUCCAGCAGCAGCUCUUUGUAGCGGUAUUACUUCGGAUGAUGCUAAGAAAGUGUUUAGGGAUUUAAGAUCAAACUCACCAAAAACCAGAUUACUAUAUGUCACCCCAGAAAGAGUUGCCUCAAAUGAAACUUUUAUGGACAUUUUAGGAGAUCUCUAUCAAAAAGGUAAAUUUAUGCGAAUUGUUAUUGAUGAAGCUCACUGUGUCUCACAAUGGGGCCACGAUUUUAGACCAGAUUAUAAAGAACUUUCCAUUUUAAGAAAGAAUUUUCCAUCGGUUCCUAUUUUAGCAUUAACCGCUACCGCCACCGAAAAGGUUAGAAACGAUAUUAUCCUCAAUCUUAAUAUGAAAAAACCCGUUUGUUUCAAACAAAGUUUCAAUAGACCCAACUUAUAUUAUCAUGUUAUGAAAAAACCAAAAGAUGUUUCAAAACAAAUGGCCGAAUUUAUUAAAAAACAAUAUCCAGAUAAAAGUGGCAUUAUUUAUUGUUUAUCAAAAUAUGAUUGUGAAAAAAUUUCUGGUGACUUAAAUACAGAGUAUGGUAUUAAAUCUGCAUAUUAUCAUGCAGGUAUGGAAAUUCAUUCAAGAAACCAAGUCCAAGAUAGAUGGCAAAAAGGUCGUAUUAAAGUUAUUGUUGCAACCAUUGCAUUUGGUAUGGGUAUCAAUAAACCAGAUGUUAGAUUUGUAUUUCAUCAUUCAAUACCUAAAUCCUUGGAAGGUUAUUAUCAAGAAAGUGGUCGUGCUGGUAGAGAUGGUCUUAAAAGCCAUUGCAUUUUGUAUUAUAAAUGGGCUGAUAAAUUAAGAAUUGAAACUCUCAUUAUGCUUAGUUCAAAAGAAAAUGGUACCCAUUAUAAUCUUAAAGAAUCAAAAACCAAUCUUAACAAAAUGGUUAGCUAUUGCGAAAAUGAUACCGAUUGCAGACGUUCGCUCCAACUCUCAUAUUUUGGUGAAAAAUUCGAUAAAAGCAAAUGUGGUAAAACCUGUGACAACUGUUCAUUAGAUUCUCCAAUCAGUGAAAAAGAUGUAACUCAAGAAGCUAAAGAAAUUGUAAAGAUUGUAGAAAAAGUUGGUAACACUGAAACUCUUACAACCAUUGUCCAAAUUCUCAGAGGCUCUGGAAUAAAGAAGAUUAAAGAUCUUGUCGAUAGUUGUGGAUUAAAAUCAUUACAUGGGGUAAAAAAAAGUUGGAAACAAACAGAUAUUGAAAAAAUUGCUCACGAACUAAUUAUUAGAGGGGUUUUAAAGGAACUUGUAACACAAAAUAGCUAUGGUUCAACUUUUUCUCAUAUUGGUUUAGGUGAUUAUAGGAAUCUUGCAAAUGGUAGAGAUACAAUUACAAUUAAAAUUAGAUCCGAUACUAAAUCAACU